CCAGCUCUUCACUGACACUACUCAUCUCUCUCUCUCUCUCUCUCUCUCUCUCUCUCUCUCGUUCUCUUUCGACCCAGUUUCCUUAUAACUCUAAAGAGCUUUUUCUGGUUCUUUUUAUUUUUGCUGGACGAAAAGCUUUUUCUGGUUCUAUAUAAUAUAUAAUCUGCCUUUCAUUUGGCAAAACUCAGACAGUUCCACACAACUACUUGGUCAAGAUUUGGAUCAAACUUCAGAGCUUGAGAGAUUUCUUGAGGAUUAUUUCAAGGAAGGAAGAACUAGUGUUGUUACUUUCAAAGGAAAUGGACCAUUCAGCUGCAUAUGAUGAUGAUACUUCUUUGGAUCUUAAUUCCAGGCCUCUCAGACUUUUCGAUGAUACUCCGAUUAUUAAACAAGAGGUGCAUAACAAAAUAUCGAUCGACUUUGGGAGGCAGCUUUCCCCUACAGAAGAGAGUGGUCGUCUAUUGGAAGAAUUGCACAGGGUGAGUGCAGAGAACAAGAAGCUAACCGAAAUGUUAACCGUGAUGGGAGAGAACUACAAUGCUUUGAGAAGCCAACUGUUGGAGUACAUGAGCAAGAACCCAGAGAAGGAGCUUAGCCCAAUUUCAAAGAAAAGAAAGUCUGAAAGCAGCAACAACAACACCAACAGUAACAAUAUCAUGAAUGGAGCAGUGAAUGGAAACUCCGAAAGCAGCUCCAGUGAUGGCGAAUCGUUCAAGAAACCAAGGGAAGAGACCAUCAAGGCAAAGGUUUCAAGGAUUUAUGUCCGGACCGAAGCAUCUGAUACAACAAGCCUGGUUGUGAAAGAUGGAUAUCAAUGGAGGAAAUAUGGCCAAAAAGUUACGAGGGAUAAUCCUUGUCCUAGAGCUUACUUCAAAUGCUCUUUUGCUCCAAGCUGCCCUGUCAAAAAGAAGGUUCAAAGAAGUGUUGAGGACCAAACUAUUUUGGUGGGAACUUAUGAAGGUGAACACAACCACCCCAACCCUUCCCAAAUUGAAGCAACAUCGGGCUCAAACCGCAUGACCAUAGGAUCGGUCCCUUACUCAACCUCCCUCGGUUCAUCUGGACCAACAAUUACUCUUGACUUGACCAAAUCCAAGUCCAGUACUGCUGAUGCCGAAAGCACAAAACCAAGAACUGAAACACCCGAAGUUCGCAAAUUUUUGGUUGAGCAGAUGGCUUCUUCCUUGACGAAGGAUCCCGAUUUCACAAAAGCACUUGCAACAGCCAUAUCGGGAAGAAUACUUCAACACAAUUCAUACUAAAACCAUCCAAAUGGUGAAUUUCAAUUAAGAGCACUGGUGUUUCACUUGUUAGACUGUUUUUGAAGAUUAGGUGCAUUUGUAAAUACAAACUGGAAAAAAGGACACAACUUUUCUAAUUCAAUCCGCUUCCGGGGCAAGGUUUCUUCGAAACUUGGACUGCAAUUUGCAGCUUAUUUAGUGGCUACUAGUUCAGCUAAGACGCAUUGAUUUGCAUAAUUGUAAAAAUGAGCAGAAACGGCUUUUGGCUUUACUAGUUUUCCCCCUAUAAUUUUUCUAUACAUGUUGUAUAUCAAAUUUAGCAUAGGCCAUAUCUCUAUAGAGAUGUUGGAAUCAAUGCACUUCCUUAUUCCCAGGAACUUUAACGUUAAGAGUCUUAGACAUUUCUAGCAAGUUAUUGUAUUAAAGUUCCUAAGCUAUGUCUGUUCAGUUGUCUAGUAAGAACUCUCGUCUUUUUUAUUUUCUUUAUAAAGCCUUUGGCUUAUCAAUUGUAAUCAUAAGAAAAUAAGAAAUACAAGAUCUCUGCUGUAGCAA